UGCGCCUGCGCAUUCCCUGGAAAGGCGACAGAGAAACGGCGAGUGUGCCCCGCUCCCCCUUGCCGCACAUGCGCACUUCCUCCUUGUGUCUCGGGGCUGGUCGCUCGUUGCUAGGCGACAACUGCCCGCGGCUUGAAGCGGCGGCGGAGAGGGAGAAUGAAUGCCAAGAAGGCAGCAGGGCGGACUCCAGUACAGAAAUGGACAAAGCUGGCAGCAGCUCCAGUGAAGCAGCUGGCAACAGUCCCUGGGAAGCCAGGCCACAAAAUAGAUGGAAAAGAUGUAGCCACGCCAAGCCAUGGCACCAGGCUCCAAGAAGAGCCUCCCAGCAGCCAUCCCACAGAGCCGAGUCGUGAAACAAAAGCUGUGCUCACGUUGCAGAGUGCCUUCCGCCGCACCUUGGCGUGUCGUGAGAGAAUGAGGCGACUGAAAGAGCGACAAGAGUACAAUGAGUUAAUGGAGCACCUACAGAGGGAGGCCUUUGUUGCACUGGUGAAGAGGGAGCAAGAGGAAGCCGAGAGAGAGAGGAAGAGAGAGGAGGAAGAAAAGAAGAAGCUGUGGGAGGAGCAACAGAGGAGGAAGCGGAUUCUGGAGGCAGCCUUUGAUGGGGAUGUGGAAGAGAUGAAGGCCGUUCUGAAAGAGGUGGCAGAUUUGGACACCAAGAAUGGCGUGGGGACCGAUGAGAAGGGAAAGGUUGUGCGGCUCCAACAUCGUCUCCACAUGGUGGACUGCACUGAUGCCAACGGCAACACACCCCUCUCUGAGGCAUCCGGAGGAGGCCAUCCUGACGCUAUCCAGAUGCUGAUAGAAAAUGGAGCCAAUCCAAAUAGCCGGGGUGCUUUUAACCGGACGCCUCUGUACCGUGCUGCCUUUGGGGGCCACCUGGCAGCAAUGGAAUUGCUUCUCCAGCACGGGGCUGACCCUCGACUCUAUGCUGACGAUGGCAACACCCCCACGCAGGUUGCUUCGCUGGACAGCUUGGUAGCCAUCCUGAACUCCUGGGACAUCAGCCUGACGGUGUCCAUGCUUCAGAAGAUGGAGGCGGAAGAGCAGCGACGAGCCCAGCAGGAGAAGCAGCAGAAAGAGGCAGACACCCGCCGGAUCGCAGAGGAGGUGGAAGAGCUGGCCAAGGAGCAGGAGAGAUGCAGCAAGGAGCUGCAACAGGCUUACUGUGAGUUGAACCGGCGAAUAACAGAAUAUGACAAAUGCCAGCGGAAGCAGAUGGGCAACGCAGAGAUCACCCUCCAUGCAAUUGCUGAUGCAGAAGCCCUAGUGGAGAGACUCCGGGGGGCUGCAAAGGAGGCAGAGGAGAAGCUGUCCCUGGCCCGACUCAAACUGCGGGAGCAGCUGCAGGAAGGGUCAGAAGCAGAGUUUCAUGGCCUGAAAUGUUCCAUUCAGGAGCUGGAUGACGUACUUGUGAAAGAUGUGGGCGGAAAAAUCCACGCAGAUGGGCGGUGGCCACUAAUCAUUGACCCCUCUGGGCAGGCAGCCAUCUUCCUGCACUAUCGGGAUACCAAUUAUCUGAACACUGUGAAUCCCAAUGACAUGGCUGAGGAGACCAUUCGCCUGGCGUUGCUGGGCUCUCUGCGUUAUGGGAAACCUCUCGUCUUUGACAUGAUGGAAGUGAACAUGUUUGACACAGUGAAAAAGCAGCUGGAACGGCUGCAGCCAGGAUUGGCAGAAGUACUACUGGACAAGAAGAUUCUGGAGAGUGAGAGGUAUCUCUCCCUCCUGAGGCCAACAGAUGGACCUGAAUAUGCAGAGACUGAAUUUCAAGCAGCUCGAAUAGAGAAAUUCAAACUCUUCAUUGUCACCAAGCGUCACCAUCCACCUGAAGAGCUGUUGAAGAUUCUCCUCCCUAUCCAGGUCAUCUUGUCCAAGAGCAGCCGGUAUGCCCUGCAGUGAGGCACCCUGAUCUAGUUCUGCACAUUAAAGGAAAACUUAAGCACUGGGCUUGUGUCCUGUAAUGAAUCUUGCCAGCCCACCACCCUGCAGAUUCUCUGCAGAGUUGUCUCCCUGAAGAAUGGGGAGGCAAGUGGUUAUCAGCACCCGCUGGCCCCCAAGUGAAGCAGCAACAUACAGAGGGCUGCCAUCUCAUUAAGACUUUUGUUUUUUCCCCAGAAAGCGAGGCUUUAGAAGAGUCCCUUUCUCACAGAAGCUUCCCUUUGCCUUAUGAAAAGUUCAGCACCAGGCACACAGGCUAACCCAAGCCUCAACCAGGAACUCUAUUCAUUUCACCUUAGCCCAACUCUCUCCCCUUCAGCUCUUGCGAGC